AUGCACUGCUAUACAAUAGAAUACACAGACCUCAUCCAUGUCAUGUGCCCUAGAAGUCAGGCGUCAUCUCAUCUCACACGAAGAGCCCAACCAACAGCUGUCUGUACACAAGCAGCAGUCUCGCCGCUAGACCAAUGUCGACCAUUCUUCCUUCCUGAUGCUGGCGUAGAUCCUGUCUGGCACGAUCCGGAAGAACAGAGACCCGUGCCAACCAGGACAGACGACAACCGAAGGCAGACAGUCGACAUGGCUGUGACUGACUCAGGUAAGGUACUUCUUGCCGGCCUGUUUGACUCGUUUGUCGAACCCCGAGGAGUAGAUGGGCCGAUUGACCUCAUAGAAGGGAUUCAGCAACGUCUGCGCACACACGGAUACACCACACACACACACACACACACACACACAGAGAGAGAGAGAUAUCAGCACGGGGGCAGGGUGCAUGUGCAUGUGUGUGCUGCCUCCCUCUCUGCCUCUCUUCUCUGCCUGGCUGGCUGGCUGGCUGUCUGACCCUGAUGUAUAGGUCGUGGACCUCCUGGAAGAAGUUCUUGAUGUUGUCCUCGUUGCGGUGCUUGUGCAGCAGCAUCAACUUGAUGUGCCCCGCCGUUACAUAGCCCGACACGAAGAACUCAUUGAACUUGUCCACCAGCUUCAGAUACCUUCACACACCCGAACAACACACAAACACACGAUUCAUCUGCUGUCUGUCAGCAGACCGCCAUAUGCUCACAUCUGUUGAGUGUGGAAGACCUGCGCGUCCACCAUGUCGAGAGCCGCGUGGAGGAUGAACUGGUCAAGGUGCGGGCUGUCGUCCCGCUUGCCCGCCGAGCUCAGGUCCGCCUCGUACAGCAGCUGGUCGCCCUUGCCCACAAUCACAAACACAUACACCGUCGCCAUCGACAAUCAAUCUGAGCGGCUGCGGCUCCAAAUCUUCACUCAGAGAUGGAAUAUUGGCUCAGAUCAUGGGCAGCAAAGGGCCUCUGGCAUGUUGACCGCUGCGCAUCGACGCCCAGACACUUUCUCUGAGGUCUCAC